AUGGGCAAGGAAAAGAUUCACAUUAACAUCGUCGUCAUUGGACACGUCGACUCAGGCAAGUCCACAACAACAGGUCACUUGAUCUACAAAUGCGGUGGUAUCGACAAACGUACCAUCGAGAAGUUCGAGAAGGAAGCCCAGGAAAUGGGUAAGGGUUCCUUCAAAUAUGCCUGGGUACUGGACAAACUGAAGGCUGAGCGUGAACGUGGUAUCACUAUCGACAUCGCCUUAUGGAAGUUCGAAACCUCUAAGUUCUACGUCACCAUCAUCGACGCUCCCGGACACAGAGAUUUCAUCAAGAACAUGAUCACCGGAACCUCCCAGGCCGACUGCGCCGUGUUGAUCGUCGCCGCCGGUACUGGUGAGUUCGAAGCCGGUAUCUCCAAGAACGGCCAGACCCGGGAGCACGCUCUCCUCGCUUUCACCCUCGGUGUGAAGCAGCUGAUCGUGGGUGUCAACAAAAUGGACUCCACUGAGCCCCCAUACAGCGAAUCCCGUUUCGAGGAAAUCAAGAAGGAAGUUUCCUCCUACAUCAAGAAGAUCGGUUACAACCCAGCUGCUGUCGCUUUCGUACCCAUUUCUGGCUGGCACGGAGACAACAUGUUGGAGCAGUCCACCAAAAUGCCAUGGUUCAAGGGAUGGCAAAUCGAGCGUAAAGAGGGCAAGGCUGAAGGCAAGUGCCUCAUCGAGGCCCUGGACGCCAUCCUGCCCCCAGCUCGUCCCACAGACAAGGCCCUGCGUCUUCCCCUCCAGGACGUCUACAAAAUCGGUGGUAUUGGUACAGUGCCCGUAGGCAGAGUCGAAACUGGUGUCCUCAAGCCCGGUACCAUCGUCGUGUUUGCUCCAGCUAACAUCACCACUGAAGUUAAGUCUGUGGAGAUGCACCACGAAGCUCUCCAGGAGGCUGUGCCCGGAGACAACGUAGGUUUCAACGUAAAGAACGUUUCCGUCAAGGAACUGCGUCGUGGAUACGUCGCCGGUGACUCCAAGAACAACCCACCCAAGGGAGCCGCCGACUUCACCGCACAAGUCAUCGUGCUCAACCACCCCGGUCAAAUCUCCAACGGUUACACGCCUGUGUUGGAUUGCCACACAGCCCACAUCGCCUGCAAGUUCGCCGAAAUCAAGGAGAAGGUUGACCGUCGUUCCGGUAAAUCUACUGAGGAGAAUCCCAAAUCCAUCAAAUCUGGUGACGCCGCCAUCGUCAACCUGGUGCCCUCCAAGCCCCUGUGCGUGGAGGCCUUCCAAGAGUUCCCACCCCUCGGUCGUUUCGCCGUGCGUGACAUGAGGCAGACCGUCGCCGUCGGUGUCAUCAAGUCAGUUACCCACAAGGAGGCUGGUGGUGGCAAGGUCACCAAGGCUGCUGAGAAGGCCACUAAGGGCAAAAAGUAG